UACAAAAGUAUUUACCAAUCUCGGAUUUGUCCACUGGUAUGUUUUGCAUUUUCAAUCUCUGCUCGACAACAUAAACCAUCUCACAGCCGAGAUUUAUCACAAUAAAUGGUGUUGCAAAGUGAGACAUUUUGUAAAAUAAUAUCACAAUGAUUAUUGAUGUUAUUUAUGCAGAUGCUAUUAACAAACUCACUUCCCAAGGCAAAAUUACCGACAUUUCUCGCAAACUGUUAGUAGCAGAUAAUAACAGCGAUAGAGUUUUAUUAGUAUAUGAUAUCUUUGAAGAGUGCAAUUUUUUUCCAAGUACUUUACAGCACAAGAAAAGUGAGAAAGUGUCUGCACAUUAUCGUAACCUAGGCAACCAGUGCUAUCAAAAGAAAGAACAUUAUAAGGCAUGGCAAUAUUAUAAUUUAUCAUUUCUUUAUGCACCCUUGGAUUCAGAAAGUUAUGCACUAGCAUUAUCAAAUAGGUCAGCCGUAUUUUUUUCGUUGGACAAAUAUGGUGAAUGUGUACAAGAUAUUGAACAUUGCUUUUCCCUAAAUUACCCAGAAAAAGUGAGAGAUAAAUUGAUAAAAAGAAAGGAAUUAUGUAAGGAAGCACUUAGUAGUAUUCAGACUGAAUUGACAGAAAAUCCAGAAGGAAUAGAUAUAUUAACAUUUAAGGGGGAGAAAAGUGAAAGAUAUUUAGGUUCCAGCACAAAACUUGAAGUUGUUUAUAACAAGGAAAUGGGAAGACAUGUCAUUGCAAAGGAAGAUAUUAAAGUUGGUGAAGUACUUGUGGAGGAACAACCUUAUUUUGCAUUGGUUUUAAAGCAACAGAUCCUUUUUGCAUGUAGUUAUUGUCUCUCUAGAAAACCGAAUCUCAUUCCUUGCAAAAACUGUUGCUUCGCUCUUUAUUGCAGUGAAGAAUGUAGCUCAAAGGCCUUGAAGGAGUAUCAUGCUGUUGAAUGUCCUUUGAUGGCGUCAUUGAUGGAUAUGAAUUUCACUAAACUUGAAUUGCUUGCCCUAAGAACUGUCAUUAAAGCUCGCACCGAUCAUCCAGAUUGGGAGGCUUUAUUCAAAACAAUUGAGGAAGCCGAGUCAAAUAUUGAUACAGAGUUUCAUGGUCAUGUUAAAGUUGGUGAUAAAUGGGUGUAUGACUCAAAAUACUAUGCCUCAAUACAUACCUUAGCUACAAAUGUGGAGAGAAGAUCUAUUUCUGAUAUAUUCCAAAAAUCAGUUACUGCUGCUGUGUUUUUGAAAUUUCUUUUAGACGAAACAAAUUUUUUGGAUGCUGAUGAUGAAAAGAGCAAAGAAAAGAUAUGGAAAUGUGUGGCUGGUUUACUUUUACUGCACAGUAUGACUAGUCCAACAAAUAUGCAUGGUAUUAGUGCUAAUACAGAAGUGGGCGGGAAUGGGAAAUUUGGAGAUAUGAAUAUAGCCAGUGCACCUUAUGCAUUUCACAGUCUUCUAAAUCAUUCAUGUGCCCCUAACGUAGUAAGGUAUAGCAAGCUUGGCACAAGUAACAUGACAUUGUUUGCUUUGCGGCCCAUUAAGAAAGGAAUGCAGUUAUAUGAUAAUUAUGGGGCCCAUCAUGCGUUGGAGGAUCGCAUGGAAAGACAAACAUCGUUGCAGUUUCAGUACAAAUUCAUGUGCAUGUGCGAAGCGUGUGUCAACAACUGGCCCACAUACCUGACUAUGCGGCCGAAGAAGAUUCCACCGAAAAUAACAAGAAAUAAAAACAAAUUUCUCAAUUUCAACAUUAUUGAUAAACUACAGCGUUGCGAUAAAGAUACAGCUAUUAAAAUUUUUCGCAAACUAUGUAACCUCUGUGAGGAAUUAGAGAGUUUCGCUCCCUGUAUUGAGCUAUGUGAUUGUCAGGAAGGUCUCAAGCAAUGUUUGGUUAUACUGGAGGGUAUUGUGCCAUAUGGUUGUAACGAACCAGUAGACUGGCAAAUGAACUUAUUGUGACUGAAACGUUUGAAGAAUUUCUGCACAUACUUUCUUAUUAUAACAGUAUUGCAAAUUAUAUUACUAUAUUUUGAUAUUAAUAUUGUGGAAACAUUUAUAUCUUUGGUACUCUACAUAUUUGAGUAUCUUAAGACAGGUUUUAAGUAUAGUAUUUACAAAUCAUUUUAAUAUAUAUUGUCUAUACUUUAUAACUAUAUCAUUAAAUUAUUGUAUUUAGAAUAAAAUAACUAGGUGGUUAGUGUUUCAGUUUUUUCAAGUCUAAGCAAUCAAUUGUUUUCUCAGAUCUUACCCCCUCAUCUUUACUUAUUGAGUUUUUUUUUAAUAAAACGAUCAUUCAAAUAUUAAGGGAGUAAUAAAUUUCAUAGACAUUUAAUAUUAAAAAUACCUGUAGAAUUAAAAUUAAUGAAACUUAUAAGUGUAUUCCAAUAAAUGUUAACCUUUGUAUUACAAUUAAAUUAAAUGGUAUGUUAGCCAUGAUAGAGAAGUCUUAUAACGCCUAUAUAAUUUUCGUUUUUAAUUAUGAAAAAAUAUUUUUAUUCUAUUUAAAUAGAUAAAGUAUGUUUUGUCAACUAAUCACUAUGAUACGAUGUUUUAAAAACGCUGAUAGUAUUCGUUUUUUUUAAAACACGGCGCAGCGGCGACUUUAUAUACUUAGUUAUAAGUCAAAUAAGUUAUAAAAAGUAAUUAUAAACUACCGUAUUAUUUUAAUUUGCUCAAUAAUUAAUUAUCUGUUUUCUAUAGUCUAUCUAUCACUAUUUUGUACGUGAUAGUUUAUUUUUUUAAUUUUAUCAAUUUAGUGUGGCCACAACAGGCCAUACUAAAUUGUACAAUAUAUACAUACAUGCAUUUAGAAAUAAGCGUGGGUGUGAAAGCAUUUGAGAUAGAUAUACUCACAUAGAAUUGAAUAUUGGAAUGUACUUAACUUAUCAGUAUUUUUAUUAUAAUCAAGGUCAAAUAGGUGAAGUAAUUAACGUUUUCAAUACUUCCUGUAAGGUUUUAUUAAUAUUUAAAAUCGUAAACAAGAAACUAAUGCUUAUACUCUUCGGAAAUAUUGGGAA